AGAAAACUGACCUUAAAAAUAAAUGCGCUGUCUCUCACUCAGCCGACGGACAGAGGUAGAAAACCGGACCAAAGGCUACACCUUAAGGUAUGGCCUGGAUUUGAUUUGGACGGUGCUGGUGAUGGCAGAAGGGACUGACACUGGCGAAAUGCCCUCCUUUGACCCAAGUCCUAGUUCUGAAGCAAAAAAGAGACCUACUUCUUCUGAUGGCAGAGACGAGCCCAUGAGGAAAAUGCCUGUGUCAAAAUUUGGUUCCAGACCUCGAUUCGAGCCUGUACACUUUGUCAGUGGCGGGAGCAGCGGAGGAACUGGCGCAGAUGAGAAGGAGAACGAUAAGGAGCGCAGGAGGAGCGAGUCGUACGGUAUGAGACGGGACUCUGAGCACUCUUCCUACAGCGGCACCAGCAGAGCGCAGGGCUCCUCCUCCCUGAGGCCGGCUUUCGACAGAGUAUCGUCGUUCAGUUCUGACUCUUGGGGUUCCCACAGAGAUAGAGACCGAGACAGAGAGAGUUUUUCAGGUAGCACAAGUGGGUUGGGUUACGGAGGACGUGGGUCGACUUCAAACUUCAUGACAAAAACACAGCAGGAAUAUUCAGCAAAGUAUGAAGCCCACUCCUCCCGAACUUUGGACUCCUACUCUCAGCCCCAGAGAUACAAUGGAUACGGGGGAGGGAACAGAUCAGGAGGCUGGGAUUCUGGACGUCAGGGUUUGGGGUACAGUCAUCAGGACCGGCCGUCAUCAAGCAGGCCGUUCAGCAGAGUCUACAACAGCCCGGGCAGGAGCAGCCCCACCACCUCUCAGCAGGGCUCCUCGCUGCAGCCUGUUCCUAUAUCUCAGCCGACAUUAGAUGAGAAGCAAAGGCUGAUUUCAAAUGUCGCGUCUGCGUUGGCUGUUGCUUUCAGGGACCCUAUGUUCAUGACCGGAAGUGAAUCUCCAAACUAUAACUUCAUGCUGAGCCGCAGCAUUCAGGCCUGCAAAACAAACCCUGAGUAUAUUUAUGUCAACCUGAAGGACAUUCCUCAGGCUGAUCUCCCGAAGAACAGGAAAGUGCCGACUGACGGUUAUGCCUGUGAACUGAGAUGUCAGGGUGUGUAUCUUGCCACCGGAUACUCUGGUAGUAAAAAUGGAGCGAGGGACCGGGCCUCUGAGCAGGCUGUAAAACUCUUCCUGAAAGCAGUCGAGGUCCGUGUGGUGCAGCGCAAAUUCAGACACUUGACAGUCAACGACAUGGUUGUUUGCCAGAUGCACAGCCCGACCCCGGCAUUUUUACCCGCGCUCCGAAACCCAGAGGACAAACCGACACCCAGUUCCAAGGGCCAAUACGAGCCCGACAAACGGAAGCACUGGACAGAGUUUGUGGUUAUGGAUAAUGCACACGACGCCAUCUGCAUACUGAACAAUUCUGCGGCUUUUAACCGCAUGAAGAUUGACUACAAGUUCGACCUGAUGCCUAACAACAGCGCUUGGCUGUGCAGUGUUUUCCUGCAGGAUGAGCUGGUGGCGCAGGCGACGGGCACCAAAAAAAGCUCGAAGCAUGCAGCGGCUCAAGAGGCAGUGAGGAAACUUCGCAUGAACCAGGCGCAACGACAACAGCAGCAGCAACACUAUCACCACCAUCACCAACAACAACAACAGCAACAUCAACAGCCUCAACAACUAUCACAAUACUCCAGAGAAAAUGACCAGUCAGACUCUGGUGGGCGCUUUGGGGCACCUGUCGGCAAAAAGAAGCAUCUGAGCGAGUUGGUCAUUUUGGAAAACUCAGACAAUGCGAUCUGUAUCAUUAACGACACGGCUCAGUUUAACAAAGUGUCGGCUGAUUACAAGUUCACAGUUCUGCCUGAUCAUCGCUGGAGGUGUGAAGUUUACUUGGAGGGACAGUAUGUUGCAGCAGGAAUCGGGCCCAAGAAAAUAGUGAAGCACAUUGCAGCAAAGGAAGCCUUAGCCACCUUAAGGCAGACGCAGGCUGUUGUCAAAUCCAACCUGAGAAAGGAAGGUCACAACGACGCCAUAUCCCGAUCCCAGAUCCUGGCUCGCUCAGGUGAGGAGGCCACAAGGCAGGAGAUAAAAGAAGACAACAUCGGAAACCAGCUGCUCCGCAAGAUGGGCUGGAAAGGAGGCGGUCUGGGCCGAGACGGGGAGGGCAUCGCAGAACCAAUCAGAGUGAAGGAGCAGUUCUCCAGAGAAGGGUUGGGCAUGGACACGGACAAAACUGGAAACCAGCUCAGCAAGCGCGAUAUCGAGGACAUCAUUCGCAAUUACGCCAGUUCAGACCGUCAGGAUGACCUCCGCUUCUCCACCGACCUCACCAACGACGAACGCAAGCAGAUCCACCAGAUAUCGCAGAAAUACGGCCUACGGAGCAAGUCGUACGGACAGGGGCGGCAACGGUUCCUCGUUGUCAGUCGUAAAGUACACAAAGACCAGCUCAUUGGUCAGCUGUUGCAGGAGGGACAGGUGGGACGAUAUGAACUCGUGAAACCUCAGGCCUCUCACUGAUUUGCAUGCAGGGCAAAAUUUUAAAAAAAUCAUCAGACAUUGGCUCGGACUUCAUUGCAAAACACUCAAGUGUAACUGCUUGUGUGUGAAACUUUACAACAUUAAUACGAGAAUCCUUCAGAGAUCACCUGUGGUUUCUGCAUUCCUUUGCCAUGAAAUGUACUUUAGCUUUAGCAGGGGCUUUAGGAUGAGUCUUUUCUGUCUCCUGUCAUUCCAUGUCUUAUAUUUGUUUCACUUUUGCACAACAAGCUUGUGCUCAGUACUUUGUGGUAUAAUGUCCUGAUGAUGACUUUUUUUUUUGUCACCAAAAUCCACUUUUGUUUUUGUGGCUAUUUAAGGAACCUGGCAGAAUAUGCAGCUCUUCACUCGCCUGAUAGGACCGUCCUGAUGACGUGAGCUCAACACUGUUUCUCUCUCUGCGUCAGUCUGGACUCGCUGCCGCCAACGCUUUCAGUCGGCGAAAGUACUAUGACAGACGCCUUCAGCCAAUCCUGACGUUAGCACUAGUCUGUACUACGCAAAUUUGUUUGCUAGCAGUCUAAAAAAUACAAUUUAAUUUUAUUUACCAUUUGUAAGGGACGUGUACCUCAUCAACAACGAUCGAUAUUAACCGGUGUUUCCAGCGAAUUUCUAAUCUGUACCCGACUCCGAAUUAUGCCAGACAAAUCCGAUUUUUUUUUUUUCAAUAGUAUUAUUCGCCGGUUUCAUUUUGUUUUUCAUACAAAGUUUUAAAGUCUGAACG